GCAGGAUGAAGGUGGCGGGCUGGUCGCAGGAUAUCUUGGAUCAGCUGCACCACACCCACCGGGAUGACUUUCCAGCUAUCCUAACUUACAGGUUAUCCUGCGACAAAAGCUCAUCGGGCAGAUGCGUGAGCGCACGCUGGGCAACGGGGCCAACCGGCUGCGCAGAUAUCUGCUCGAGGAGCACACCAGGUCCUGGCUGAUGCGGUCCAAAAAGUUCAUGUUCGCAGUCACAAAGUUCAUCACCCCGGGUGUCGAGCCACCUGCGACUCCGCCUCUACCACCACAGAUGAUCCCGGUGCCCGGUACAAAGUGGUUGCUGUCCAUCUAUGCCAGGGAGGUGGCUUCGAGGCUAGAAGAGACCAAGGCCCGGAUUACCUCCAUCUUUGGCUCAAUCUUGAAGAUGGACUCAACAAAGAAGGUGACCAAGAAACUCGCUGGUGCCGUGGCAGGAACGGCAGCCUGGUUGACCAAUGUGGGGAACGAGCACGGCCAGAUCUUGAUCAGCGUCCUCACUGCAGCCGAGGGUGCUGGCCUUCACCCAAUGGCCACCGGGCUGAUGCGGCGAUACCGUGAUGCCAGUGUGUCCCCGCCUCUGGUCCUCUAUGUGGACCGAGACUGCUGUUCCCACAGGGGACCGUGCAAGAUCUCCCUCUUAUUCAACCAGUGGGAUCAGCUAGUGGUGCGGCUCGACGUGUGGCACCUGAUGCGACGCUUUGCGGCGGGUGUCACCAUGGAGAGCCACCCACUAUACAGUCUCUUCAUGGCGCAUCUCUCGUUCUGCAUCUUCGAGUGGGACCAGGGAGACGUCGCCCAGCUGCGACAGGCCAAGGCUGGUGAGGCGGGGAACGAUCCCCGAGGCUCCGGCUACGGAAAGAUCACGUUGAAGGAGCUGGCCCGCCACUGCCGCCGCACGCGUGGGGUGGAGGAGACUGGCCGGCUCAUUGACAAGAUGCUGGAGGCCUUCGGGGACACCACUGACACCAUGGGUAUCCCACUUUUGGACCGCAAGAAGAUCCGGGAAAUCUGGAAGACACAGAGGCGCCACCUCCACUGCAUCCAGGACCCACCUGGUGUGCACCUGUACAUGCAGACCGGGCGACUGGUCAAAGGGGGGAUCACGCUGCCGGUGUUCAGGUGUGCACGAGGUUCAACUUCCUUGGAGUCGUUCCACCUGCAUCUGGACCGCUUCAUACCUGGCACUUCACCCAGUGCGGCCCACUUUCAGGCCUAUCUGCUGGAAGGCCUGGCACGGUGGAAUGAGGACCAUGCGGCACAAGCAGUGGAGGCAGCAGACCGUGAUAUGGUCUGCUACAGUGGCCAACUCCAGCACUCCGUCAACGAGCUGAGCGACAUUCUCUACCACAAGAAGCUGGUUGACGAUUACACCCGGCCUGCGAAGUACACUGGUGAGAUAAUUGGUAUCCAGUACCUAUUUUCGCAGACCGGUCGAGUGCUGGAGGAACUGAUGGACAGGGAUCCCGACGCUCCGGAUGGGACUGAUUGAGACGACGAUGAUGACAGUGUCGAUGAGGGCUUCCAAGAGAACGAGGGGCCGGUAGAGGAACCUCUGGACAACACCCUCUUCGGCCUUAAGGAGGACUUCGCCCGACAACCGUUGUCAUAUGACAAGUCCCAGUCGUGCCCUGCCAUCCGCGCCUCACAGUCUGGGCCUGCCGACCAGGAGACCUCCCCUGGAGACGAGGCCAUUCAAAGGGUGUCCCACAAGCUGAAUAGCCUUGGAUCUGACACUGGCCCAGGUUACCAGCACGUGGUCAACCUGGCCUCCAGUCUUGUGAAGCUGUGUCACCAUGCCUACGUGACGCAGCAGCAAGUGGCAGAGAUCGUCACCCUCUGGGAACGAUUGCCAGAGGGUGACAAGGCCCCAGUUCGCUUUCCGCCUCACCACCAGGAAAGACUGGUGCAGGGGAGGUUCCGACGCAAGCACUCGCAGACCAGUGUCACACCGGGAGUGGAAAGCUUGCAACGGUGUAUGGUUGGCCAAGCCGCACAGAUGCCAAACAUCAGCCGCCUUGUGGAGGCCGUUUGUGUAGAGCUGUCCAGGAUUCACCCCGAAGGA